AUGACAAAACGAGAUAUUUUAAGACAAUCGUCUAAAAUCUAUGAUCCACUCGGACUUAUUGGUCCAGUUACUGUGCGUAGUAAGAUGCUUAUGCAGACUUUGUGGGAGAAAGGAUUAAAUUGGGAUGAACCUCUUACAUCUGAAAUUGCAACAGAAUGGAAGUGUGUACUAAAAGAUAUUAAUGAAUGUUCACAUUUGGAAAUUAAUAGACCGUAUUUCAAAGAAAAAUCAGACAAUGUAGAAUUACAUGUGUUUACGGAUGCAAGCUUGAAAGCCUAUGGAGCAUGCGCAUAUUUAGUCAGUGGAAAAGAAACCGUACUUAUCAUGUCAAAGAAACGAGUGACACCACUGAAACAGUUAACAAUUUCGAAGUUAGAACUCAGUGCAGCUUUGAUAGGCGCAAGACUCGUCAAGCAUUUGAAAUCGCACUUGGAUGUUACAAGCGUCACAUUAUGGAGUGACAGUCAGAUAACUUUAAGUUGGCUCACUACUGAGAAACAAUUACCCGUUUUCGUUUGUAAUCGAGUGAAGGAAAUUAACGAAAUUACGCAAGAAUACACAUGGAAGUACUGUCCGACAGAUUCAAAUCCGGCAGAUAUGCUAUCGAGAGGAGUAACUGCAACCAAAUUCCUAGAAAUGGAUCUUUGGAUGAAAGGACCCGAAUGGCUCACUGACAAAUCAAACUGGCCACAGUGGAAGAAUAAAGAAUCACACAUUCUUAGCACUACCAUUGAGCAAGGACAAUCAACUAGUGAACCGCAACAGAAAAUCAGAUCUUAUGAAGGAAUAAGUAAAAUUAUGGAUAUACAACGCUACAGCUCAUACCAAAAACUUUUGCGUAUAACUGCAUACAUGUACCGAUUCAUAAACAACUGUAGAAAUAAUGACAAACUAACAGGAAAUCUUAGUGUCAAUGAAAUUCAGACUGCUUCGACUUCAUGGAUUCGAGAUUCGCAACUGCGUAAAUACCCGGAUGUUAUUGAGAGUUUAAACAAUAAAUCAGAGAAAAAUGCGCUAGUGAAGCAACUUGGAUAG